CAGUAAUCCUAACCAGAUCAGAUCGCUGUCUCGUACUGUGAUUAAUGCUUUAGUUUUUGUUGUGAAGUGCCUUUUGCCUCCGAAAAAAGAGAAUGUCACGGUCGUGGUGGAAGCGGAGAGCGUUCCUAUGACGGCAGAAUAAGUGAACUUUGUUGCUAUAUUGACUGCUCUUGUGAAAACAAUUUAUCCUUUCGGAAAUACAAGAUUAGAACCGUAAGCAUGAAAUGUUCCCGGAGCGAGGGAGCUCUUGCAGCUCUGGUGUUACUGUCAGUGUUAAGUGCAAUCAACGGUGGCAUAGUAUCCUAUCUGGAUGUCCUGAAUAGGGUGUCCAAUGUGAAAAGUGACUUAAGGACAAAUCUGCGCACAAUUCGAGAGUUGGCCAUUCAGAAUGGUAUGAUAAAGCAGACAAAUGGAAGUGCUACAUCCGGAUCGAGUUCCAGGGGACAACUGCUCAUGGGGAUCGGUGAUAAGCCGGAUUCGUUACCAACGGUAUUAGGAGAAGGCCGUAAAAAGGAAGACAGCAACGACGGCAUCGUCAAAGCCGACGGAGAUGAAGGCGAUUUUGUUGAUUUUGAUCUCGGUGAAUCAAACGAAAAUUUGGACCCCGCAAAAAAGGGACGUGGUCGCAGGAAGCGAUUGAAAAGAAGAGGUUGGAGGAAGGCAAUGAAAAAGGCACUUCCGAUCAUACUAGUCAUCAUGGCGCUGAAGGCGGUCAUGCUGCACUUCGUACUGAAAGCACUAGUUCUGGCCACGGGAUUGUCACUACUGUUGAGCAAGAAAUCCUUGCUGGUGUCACUGUUAAUCGCGUUGAAACUCAUGGUAUCCCAUCCGCACAGUAGCGAUAAAAGCGAGAGUAACAAACUGGAAGUGGUUCACAUUCCCAUUCGUAAAGAAACAGGCUUCAACAAGAAAAUCCAGCUAGCAAAGGUUCGAACAAAGGGCAAAAUCAAAAUAAUCGUAACAACACCAAAACCACCCGGCUACAAACAUUACUCCACAGGACAUCAAAUAAAGCAUACCCAUCAGCAGAUGGCAGAUUUCGGAGGAAAAUAUAUUCCACUGGGCUACGAAACCAACAAUUACCUGUUUGACGUAACAACGCCGACACCGAGCUAUCUGGACGCCUUGCCGGAAACGACCGAUCAUGACAACUACUUCGACGUGAAUGAUCUGCAGUUUGCCCGGCGCGAUGGCUGGGAUGGAUGGACAGGGUGGAACCGGGGUGACAACGGUGAUCCCUACAGUGCGUAUGACCUGGACAGACAACCGAGCGAAUACCGGAGUCAAAACUACGAACAGGACUACCCCAGCAUCAACGGGCACGGAGGGUUCAACCAGGCGAACAAAUGGCUCACGGGCGAUCAACCGGACUACAAGCAACGGAAUUUAAGCCAAAUGAAGUACAGAAGAAAACCAUUCGAAAGUUCUUAGUUUUAUAAUAAAUUGAUUGAGUUGAAAUCAACAGUAGGGGAAAUACAAAUAAAAUUUACCAUAGGGCACUAGCAUUUAGUACUGUUGAUCUAUUUAUAUUUCGUUAACAAUAAUUCUUAUUAUAGUAUGCACCAUAGCGAAAUGCACGAAUUUUCAACAAUAAGGUAAUGGUUUGGUAUGCAUUGUUGACGAUUAUUGAGUACUGUAAUUAAAGUGAUGUAUUUGGCAUGUUCUCUCUAAAUUCAAUCAAAAUUUUCGAUUAACUAUAUAACGAUAUUGUGGACUGUACAAAUAAUUGGGCUGAUCUUAUUACCUACCUUAAAAUACACACUGACAAAAAAAAGUCAUUAAAA